AACGAAAGUAAUGCAGGCAUAUUUCAUGAUAGAGGACACGAUGAGGAUAGAGGACACGAUAAUUCGAUUUUUUUUUGUUUGUUUGAAAUUUGAUGAUAUUUACUCCUAUUUGUCAAUGACAAUUAGCUUGAUUGAGCUGUCAGUUUAGGCGUGCUCGGAGGAUUGUUUUAGGUUAAAUUAUAAUUUUUCGAAUUGAUAUCGCUGGCAGAGUUUCGUGGUAUUUUUUAUUUUAGUGACCCGAACAUCAACGUGUUCAAGGAUGUCGGUGGCAACUAUGUUACGGCGCUCUAUUAUUAACGGAACAGUGUAUUCAGCUGCUGCACUACGUUAUGCCUCAACUCAACAGGAAAAGAAGGUUUUCUUCGAUAUCACUGCGGACGGCGAGCCUCUUGGCCGAAUUGUGAUGAAACUUCAUACUGAAGAGGUACCGAAAACGGCAGAAAACUUUAGAGCACUUUGCACAGGAGAAAAGGGAUUCGGCUACAAAGGUUCUUCGUUUCACAGAAUUAUUCCCAGUUUUAUGUGCCAGGGUGGUGAUUUUACUAACCAUAAUGGUACUGGUGGCAAAUCUAUUUAUGGGCGCACUUUCAAGGACGAGAACUUUAAGCUGAAGCACACUGGCCCUGGAAUCCUGUCCAUGGCUAAUGCUGGCCCUGAUACUAAUGGUUCUCAGUUCUUUAUCACAACAGCCGCCACUCCCUGGCUGGACCGCAGGCAUGUUGUUUUCGGUGCUGUAGUUGAAGGGAUGGAUAUUGUGCAAAAAAUGGAAAAGUUGGGUUCCAAGGGUGGGCAAGUAUCCAAGAAAGUUGUUAUCAAUGAAUGUGGUGAGUUAGAUUAAGUGUUACAGUUGUAGAUAAUUAUGAUGGCAUUUGUUAUGUUAAUAGUAUAGAAUAAGUAUACUGUUAAGUAAAAUGUAGAUCUUGUAGAA